AUGGAAUGGAUAUUAUAUCUUUUUGUCUUUUCUGCUUGGAGGUUUGUAAAGUGGAUUGGCAAUGGGGUUUUCUUAGCCUUAUUAGACUUUAGCGUCGCCAGCUGGUAUAAUCGCUGGAAUGAUAGGAUGAUCCUUCAUGCCUUUGAACACGAUUCCUGUCUAGAACCUGAUAUUACGCAGGAAGAGAUGAUUUACUGUGAGGAUGUUAUCAAGAAACUGAGACGAAUUAUCAAGCCAGCCCCUAACCAUAACUCUUAUCACAUUAUUGUCAGGAACCACAGAACUGGGAAGACCACAGUGGUCCGGCAGAGUGCUAGGGAAGUUGAAAUAGGGGUCAUUUAUGUUGAUGCCCCCUCUAAAUUGGAUGAAUUCCUUGAUAAUCUUGAAAUGGCUAUAUCAUUCAAUGAGUAUUUGCCACUCUCUAUAUCAGUGAAGCAGAGAACUCGAGGCGAAAAUAAGUCCGGUUUUCUCGUAUCAAACUUGCCUUCGAAAGAGGAGCUAGAAAAUACAAGGCACAACUCCAAUGUUAAUCCUCAACAACAUUAUUGCGUUAUUGUAUUUGUCAGUAGCGAGAGAUCAGUGUCACGCAUGAUGAUGCAUCUAACUAACGAAGAUGCACUAACAUUCCUUUGCAAACUUGACAUUGAGAAAAAGUACGCCAAUCAACUCAUCGAACUCGUAGGUGGCCGGAUUUGUGAUCUCAAGACAUAUGGUGAUGAGAUAAAAACGGGCAAGACAUUCGAAGAGAUUCGUGAAGCUGUGUUCAGUACCGUUGAGAGCAACUUUCUUAAGGCUAAAAUGGUAGCUGGCGGAAAUAAUCAAGUCAUUGACAACGUUGUCAUCCAGGAGUUGUUGAAAAUGAAAAAAUCAAUUUUAAAAAAUUCCUCAAGCUUGUCAAUAACUUAG